UCAAUCGAAACGAAUGACAAAAGGAAGAGACUUCCCAUAGCUAUUCUGCAGUUUAUGAAUAUCCUUCUUUAGGAUGAGGUCUCUUUUGUUCGUGUGCACCGCAGCUCUGCUUUUAUGGGGCAACGUGGCAGAGAAAGAACAAACAAAGUCUCCAAAAGUAGAUGAAGCAGAGUCGAUAGUUCCCCCAAAGGCAGAUGAACCAGCACCGAAAAAAUCGCGAAAGGCAGAUGAACCAGAUGAACCAUCUAAAUGGUUUUGGCAAAGGCCACGAAGAUAUGGACGAUUAACAACGAAAAAAUCACAUGAUCUGAUCUUGUUGACAAACUAUUGGGAGGACAAACAAAAAUAUACUGAGCAGGCCAUCCAAAGGCUGGAUAUAAAGAUACCAGAAUUGCGAAGAAAAUACGAAUUGAGCAUAGAAAAAAACAGAACAUUAGCCACGACGUUGGAACUUACGAAACGUAAUUUUCACAAGGUGACGCUGGAGCUGAAAACGGCGGAACAACAGCGAGAUAAGUGCAGGGAUAUCCAAAGGAAAAUGGAUAUUCAGUUGAAAGGCAAUAAUCCUAACAAGGACGAGUACGAUAAGGAGAAUCUCACCGCGGCCGUGGGCCGUCACUAUACAAAUAGGUACAUCCGUCUGCUAAAGAAUUUGCGUGUGACUAUUGACAGGGAAUUAAAGAUAGUCACGAAUUCGCUUUGGAAGAAAAUCGGUCGCAAAAAUGAGAAGAUAAAUGCAAAAUUUCCCACCUCUAAGAAUGAAAAUUGAAACCAUUUUUAUUAAAUUACUCACACUUUUCCAUUGCAACAAUAAACAUAACAUAACAUAGAUUAAAA